UUUAAUCGUUGUUCAUUAAUUGUGGGUGGAAGGGGCACGGAAUGGAAGUUUGUGGUGAUUGUUUGGGAAGAGAAGAGUGGGGAUUUCUUUGAUAUAUGACUAAAUUUAGCAACACAAAUUAAAAUCUUAAAAAUUUCUAUUCCGUCGUAACGAUUUGAGACAAAGUAUGGACACGGCAUCGGGUAACAGUCGAUUUAAAAUGAGCGAAGGUGAUUGGAUAUGCAGUGAUCCUCAGUGUGGCAAUAUUAACUUUGCGAGGCGGGACACCUGUAAUCGGUGCGAUAAGGAAAAAGUGGAAAGCUUGAAAAAGAAGAAGUUAGGCCAUGAAAUUGGUAAAGCUGCUGCAGAGAAGAGCCGUGGGCUUUUCAGUGCAGAUGAUUGGCAGUGUAAUAAGUGUGGGAAUGUCAACUGGGCCCGCCGACAGUCGUGUAACAUGUGCAAUGCUCCAAAGUAUGGUGAGGUUGAAGAACGUACUGGUUAUGGUGGAGGUUACAAUGACCGUGGCGUUGUGGAAUAUGUACGCCGUUCGGACUCGGAUGAUGAAUAUGAUGAGUUUGGAAGAAAAAAGAAGAAAAAGAAUGGAGAGUCAAUUCCAGAAAAACCGCGCAGAGUAGCAAAACUGGAUGUAGACCGUGAUGAAGAAGAUGAAGAGGAGGAUGAUGAGGAAGAGGAUGAUGAUGAUGCUGAUCUGUCCAAAUAUGACUUAGUUGGUUGGGGUGAUGACAGUGAUGCUGAUUCUGAACAACAAAGAAAGGACAAAGAAAAUCGCCCAAAAACGAGGCGGGGUCAUUCAAAGUCACGUUCCCGUUCCAGAUCUCCCACAAAUGAGGGAAAGAGCCACAAAGCUAAAUCAAGAUCAAGUUCAAGCUCGUCACAUUCAUCUGGAAGUGGAAAACGAGGAAACGGCUCGUAAUACAUUCAGGUUCAGGUAAACAGGUGGUAAUGGGUAACAUUAAGAUGGAGCUGCACGUAGAUGAUGGUGUUUACAGUGAACUACAGGUCUCCUCUGGUACACGAUUAGUAUCCAUCUUUCUUGGUAAUGAUAUGGUAGUCCUCACAUAUAGUGCUUAAGGCUUUAUGCGUUCACUGAGGAAUAAUAGGCUUGCAGAGAAUUGUGAUUUCCUUAGCUAUAAUUAAUAUGGGAAGGAGUUAACAUGAAUGAAUAUAUUCAGCUGACUGAAUGCAGUUACUGAGCAUAUAUUGUUUAGUUUGUUUUCUUUAUGUGACAGGAUAUGUUAUGAUUUUUAACUUUGUUGAAAUGAAAUAAAAUGUAUUGUUUUCUUUUUUAUAGCAUUUAAAAGAUUCUAAUCACAGUAUCACCAGUGUGUUAGACAAAAAACUUUUUUGUCUGUACUAAGGGUUUAAAUUUUUUUUAGACGUUUACUAAGGUUACUGUGGGCUGUUACAUUUAAUCUCUUCAUAACAUUACCGACGUCCCAGUUGUCCAGAGUAAGUUACUUUGAGCUGUUGCAGGAAAUGUAUGCUCAAAGGGUUAAUGUUAUAUUGAGCAAUACUUAUUGCAUUUUAAUUUUUUAGCUUUUCGUUAAUCAAUAAAAAUGUUAUUGAAAACAAUGUAUUUUGAUUAUUGGAGUCUUUGUGGUUGGAAUGUCAAAAUAUUUGACAAUGAAUGAUACUGAUAAUUUAUCUCUGAAAUUAGGUAGUCAUCUGGGGUAGUACAUAGUAUAAGGAGAAUCGAAGAUGGAUCAUGGAUCAUCGUUAAUAAUGAUAUUGUCUCGAUUACAAGAGUAUAGCUGAAAGACGAAGUGAAUGUUUUUCUGUUUAAUAAAAUCCUGCUUAUGUUAUUUAAGGAUUGACUAUUUGCUAGAACUAAAUAAGCUCACAGCUUUUAAAUAUUAUAAUGAAAAUACUGUAGCAUAUUCAGGAAUGUAAUGUUAAUGUGCAUGUGUGUUUGAUAGCUUUCAGUUAUGAUUUUAAUGUUAGGUGUGAAAUGUAUCAAAUAGUAGCACUUAGUGAAAGACAGAUGUAAGUUUCGUGGAAAUUUCAUGGUGCAUGACAGGCCCCAGGUCAAUUUUGUUGCAAGACAUGGAAACACAGCUGUAUGGACUCUAUGGCAGCUGUAAAAAUUUCAUAUUGAUGCUGCUCCAGCUGAUUGGGGUAUACGAGACUCACUAUCCUAUACUUGAAAGGAGAGAUAAAUGUGAGAGAGAUUUUAUGGCUGUGGUAACUAUUAUGAAUAUGUAUUAUUAGGGAGUACUGAAGGACUAACACCAUAAUGUGAAGAGGAAUGCAUCUUGCUGUUAGCUUCCAGCAGACAUCUGUUUUUAGGUUAAAUGCAAAUUUCAGCCAGCAGACUACAGAAUUUUCUGCAUAGGUAAUGUGUUCAAGGGUUGUUACCCACCUUUAUGAUAGUGAAAUGCUGAGCAAGUUACAUUUAAAAUUUUUAAAGGGUGAUUCUACCAAGACAGCUAUAUAAACGUUUACUGACCAUGAACUAAAUGUUUUAACUAGAGUGUAUUGGUAGGUGAAGUUUGUCUUAUUCAGAAUGUUUGUGCAUGAGGGAAGUGUGUUUUCUAUGGCAUUAAUUGCACAAAAUGAUGGAUUUACAUCUUAUCUAAGAAAAUGGAUGCAGAAAGCUAUGCUAUAUAAACCUAAUAACCUGUUGAUAGGCCAUCUCUUCCACCUAGAAGAAAUUAAAAAGAUGUUCCAAAAAGA